GGCACCCAGAGGCGGCCAUUUCCAACGAGCUGGCGGGGGCGAAAGAUGGCGACGCCCCUCGGGUGGUCGCCGGGGGGGUCAGGAUCUGUGUGUGUCGCCUUCGAUCAACUGCGGGACGUGAUUGAAUCGCAGGAGGAACUGAUCCACCAGCUGAGGAAUGUGAUGGUUCUCCAAGAUGAAAAUUUUGUCAGUAAAGAAGAGUUCCACGCAGUGGAGAAGAAGCUGGUGGAAGAAAAAGCUGCCCAUGCCAAGACCAAGGCCCUCCUGGCCAAGGAAGAGGAGAAGUUACAGUUUGCCCUUGGAGAGGUAGAGGUGCUGUCUAAGCAGCUGGAGAAAGAGAAGCUGGCCUUUGAAAAAGCGCUCUCCAGCGUCAAGAGCAAAGUCCUGCAGGAGUCUGGCAAGAAGGACCAGCUCAUCACCAAGUGCAAUGAAAUUGAGUCUCACAUUAUAAAGCAAGAAGAUAUACUUAAUGGCAAAGAGAAUGAGAUUAAGGAGUUGCAGCAAGUUAUCAGCCAGCAGAAACAGAUCUUCAGCCUACCCAGCAGGCUCCGUUGCAGGAAUCACAUGUCUGACUGCCGGAUCCAGAAGCAGCAGGAGAACUACAUGGCCCAGGUGCUGGACCAGAAGCAUAAGAAAGCCUCGGGGACGCAUCAGGCUUGCAGCCGCCAGCGUCGCAGGGAAAAAUAAAAUGGCGGUCGCCUUCCUGUUCUCUGGCUAUAA